CCCAUCCCCGCGCUCACACACACACACUAAAGGAGGCGGCCAAAUGCGAGGGACAUUGCAUCAAAGAACCGAGAGAAAUCCGUGAACUGAAGCCAGUGGUGACAACUGAGCGACGCACAAGCUGAACACAAAAAACCCCGGAGAAAGAACUGUUCCUGAAACGAGCGACCACGCAGCCGAGCUGCUGGAGAAGAUACAGUUUGCAGACUUUGAGGGAAUCGUGUCGGGAAGAUUAGUGCAAAUGGUGCCUCGGCACCAUCUUUCCUGGCAACCCCACAUCGAAAAGGUGGAGGUCACAGGAUUCCAGCUCACGGCAACGAUUUGAGGAUUAAGAAAACACGUUGAAAACAGUGACCGGUGCUUAUGUUCACCAUAAUGGCCCCUGUAGGUGUGGCUAGGCUGCGGGCCCGACUCUUUCUGCUGUUUCUUUGCUUGACGCUACGUGCCGGCAUGCAUCAGCUCGCUACAGCCACGAUACAAGGGUACAUAGGGGACAGGGACAUGAUAUGCCCAUCUGUAUGCCGGUGUGAUGAGGACUUCAUCUACUGUAAUGAUCGUGGGCUGAGCUUCAUCCCUUCACUGCCUCCUUCGGCGUCCGUUCUCUACCUUCAGAACAACCAGAUAAACAACCCUGGUUUGCCCACCUCCUUGGAACGCCAGCUUGCCAUCCGUGUCGUUUACCUGUAUGAUAAUGAACUGGAUGAAUUUCCUGUUCACCUGCCACCAUCCAUUCGUGAACUGCAUUUGCAGGACAACAACAUACGCACUAUUCCCCGUAGUGCGCUGGCUCGGAUGCCCUUGCUAGAGAAGCUCCACUUGGAUGACAAUUCAAUUUCCACUGUCAGCAUUGAGGACCAGGCCUUUGCUGACAACCCACGGUUGCGCCUACUUUUUCUUUCACGCAACCACCUGUCCAGUAUCCCCUCAGGACUGCCUGCCUCACUGGAAGAACUCCGUCUGGAUGACAACAGAAUCUCCACUAUCCCAACCCACGCCUUCCGAGGCCUGGCCUCACUUAGAUGUCUUGUCCUAGAUGGGAACCUUUUGGCAAACCAGCGCAUUGCCGAUGAUACAUUUUCCCGCCUUUCCAACUUAACCGAGUUGUCCCUAGUCCGUAACUCCCUCCAGACCCCACCUGUUUAUCUGCCCAGCGCCCAUCUGCAGCGCCUGUCUCUACAGGAGAAUGCCCUAACUCAUAUGCCACGUGGUUCCUUGGAUGGUAUGCGGAGGCUGCUGAGGCUGGACCUGUCGGGAAACAACUUGACCACGCUGCCUAGGGGAUUGUUCAAAGACCUGGACAGCCUGGGCCAACUGCUGGUGCGAGGCAAUCCUUGGCAUUGUGGAUGCAACCUGCGUUGGCUGUAUGACUGGCUGCGUGCCCGUGGCAACUCCAUCACAGUUCGAGGUCUCACUUGCCAUGGGCCUGAAAGGGUGCGAGACAUGGCUUUGAUAGACCUGGACAGCGAGAUGGAAGAGUGUGAAGUGGUAAGGACAGCAGGGACCAGAGACCGAGUGGGAGGAGGGGGAGUCGAUAGCGCUACGACUCACACCCCUCCACAGGGCUCCCUCUUCACCCUCCGGUCAAAGCGACCAGGUCUGGGGCUUCCUGACUCUGGCUUGGACUACACUCUUAGCAGCAGCGGUGUGGGGAAGAGCCUGGCCCUCAACGUGAAGCCCGUCUCUCACAACAGUGUCCGUGUUACCUGGAGCGUGGCCCAGCCAAGCUCCUCCUUCAGGCUAAGCUGGCUCCGACUGGGCACUGGGAGCACCAUGGGAUCCAUCACUGAGACGCUGGUGCCGGGCGACCGUCGAGAAUACUUUCUUAAUUCCCUCCAACCACGCUCCAGCUACAUCAUCUGCAUGGUGCCCCUCGCGACAAGUUCAGAAAGCAAAGGCGGGAUUUCUGGAGAUCCAGACUCUGAUGAAGCUCAUGUGUGUGCUAAGGCUGAGACGUCUGACCUCACCCCUUUGGAGGAAGAAGAGAAUGAAGACUCAAAGCACAUGACAGUCCUGGCUCUGGCAGCGAUUAUUGGUGGGGCUACCAUCAUUGUAUCUUUGGCUCUUAUUUUUUGCAUCUUUUGUUGGUAUGGACACAGGACUGGUCAUUUGUGCUCACGGGACCACUACACUCGCAGCAACUCCCGGAAAAACAAGACCUAUGAUGACUACAUUGAGUCCGGCACCAAAAAGGACAACACCAUAUUGGAGAUCCGUAGUCCGGGGUUCCAGAUGACACCUAUGACAGCUUGCCCACCAAUGCAGCCAAAACCUCUACGAGAGGAUUAUAUCAUUCAUACCAUAUUCCCCUCCAAUGGCACCGGCGUGUACAAAGGUGACAACCAUGUGUCUAAUGCAGGACAUGGCACCAACCGCGGCUAUAGAGAAGGAGGUAUCCCAGAUGUAGACUACUGUUACACAUGAGGUACAACACCAGAUCCUAUUCACAGUGUUAUUGGUAAGCUGUAUAGAUGCACAAUUUCCCUUCGCAUGGACACUUCUGAAGCACCCUUCUGUGCCUUCUUUUUCUGGUCUCCCAUUCCAAAACAACUGCUGUUCACUGCAAUGGAAGUACUGUAUGUGAUUGACUGGAGCUGCAACCAUGUGAGAAUAGUUCACUGCAGGAAGCAUCGGCCAGUGCCCCAGGUGUAAAUGCACAGCUGACGGUUUCUUUCCCAUCUUAGUAAUGGACUGUGUUUGUUUUCUUCUCUGCUCUCUCCGUGUGACAUGUAAACAAAGAAUGUAUACACCAUGAAGAGAUCAAACCUAGCAACAGUGCAAAGUUCAGAAUUCCUGUUUCAAACACGGAAACCACAUCAGCCAACUCAAAAUGGAUUAAGACAUACUUUUGUUACUCUUUCCCUGCUCAGCCAUCAUACACAUUAUGUAGUCUUAUCAAGUCAUUGUUCCGAAUGCCUCAACUAUAUUGAUGUGCCCUACCAGCUAUCCAAGGAAAGGGCUUUGUAAAGCUGUGAAUUGUUCUAUUUCAAACAACCCAAUAACCACUUGUCUUAAAGUAGGCUUGUUAUUACCUUGUUCAGUUGUUGGCAGGGUGAAGGUUUUAUCAUGGCUGGUCGGCCUUGGUUAUACCUCUUGAAAUCAUUCACCUAAGGUCAGUAUUGUAGUGCUAUAUCAGACAAGAUGCAGCACAAGCGUGUAGAUAAUAUGCGUAGAAAACCGACUGGGCUGUGUUGAAAAAUGCUUUGCUAUUUUUUCUUGUUGUUUGUUUUAGUAAUCAAAUCCUGCACAGCUCUUUUUAUUUAUUUUUAUUUUUUCUAACGUGAUGAUUUGUGAUUUCGUCUUUGUUGAAAUAGUUUUUUUAUGAUUUUGACCCCUACUGAUGAAACCCGGCUACGAUAUAUUAAGGCAGUGGAAUUGUUUCAUCAACAAAAAAAAAUUAGACCCCUCCCGAAGACUAGCACGUCGGUCCACUGAGACGGUUUCGACUAGCUCAAGCCCUUCUCUGCUCUUUUGUGCCUCUGUGCUUAGCCUGGGACUAUAGUUGGAAAACUUUGCUUACAAAAUGCUUCCUCCACAUCUUAAAGGCGCUCACAGAGAAUCAAGACUGGAUAAAUGACUAAUGUGGAGCUUCCCAUGUGAGGCAGACUCUUGUGAGUGAACCUCAAAAUGAGGGCAAGAACUGUGGGUGAAACUGAUGAGAUUCAAACCGCAACACUGUUGACCUGCACUGUGGAGCAGUGGCAUAGCUGCAGGAGGGUGGGUGGACUGUUAGGGCUGUUUGAAGGUGGGGGGGGACUGAGAUGAUUUCAUUGGUGUUUGCUUUAGGAAUGGUAAACGGCCUCCGCUCAUUCCACGACUUUUAUUACAGGGCAGCACUAAAAAUGUUAAUGUAUUAGCACUUAGCAGAGGAACAGCAAUACAUGUAACGACAGCCACAGAGUGAGACGGGAGCAAAGGAAACAUCUCCAGGCACUGACAGAGAUGGAUAAUAGAUGGCUUUGGCGCAGUGGAGUUCACUCAUGCAUAAAUCUGUUUGUCAUACUCAGCUUCUACCCUUGGGUCUAAUAUUGUCCAUCAGUUGUUUACCACUGUGUUGCUUUCAAAGGGGAAACCAAUUGUGCUUCCUUGACUGUUCUGUCUACCGGAGGUUUACGCUGGUGUCAGAUAAUGCGUCAGUGGAAUGUAUAUUUUAACGUGCACCCAAACUCACUGGAUAUAACAUCCUACUGACCUGGCUAGUUUUGGGGAAUGUUGAUAUAGUGUAAUUGCUAUUUUACAUUGGGUCAAAUCAAGAGACGUACUUCAUCAUUUGUAUAAAUAAAACCAUGGCCAGCUACAUAAAUAUUUUUUCUGGUGAAAUUAUAGAAAGUAAAAAAUAGAAGAAGAAAGUAUUAUGUGAGAUAUGUGUGGAAUUUGCUUUAUGAAUUCAUCUUCAGAGGGAUCAAUAAAAAGUUUUAUAAUCUUGUUA